CGCGUUCCGCCUAACAGCCCAUCCACUACCACCACCACCACACCAGGAGCGGCUCGCUGGCCAGGUUCCUGCUGACAGCGAUUGAUUGAUCCGACCAGUCGCCCGCUACCACCACCAGCAGUAGCAGCAGCAGCAGCACGUCCGCUACCACCACUACCACUACCACCACCACCACCACCACCACCGCCCAUCCCUCGACGCCGUCGUCCCGCCCUUGUUCCUCAACCCCGUCCUCCUCUUCUCUCUCAGCCCUCACAAAGUAUCCGAACCGACGUCGACUGCCACGCCUCCGUCAUACCGCCCGUCAAUCCGUGUCCAUCGCCGUCGCGGCCAACUUUUCAGAGUGGCUGGUCACUCGCCGCUCCUCGGUGCGGUUGGUCCCUGCCCCAGCUGUUGGCGUCUCGACUCCCCCCGACAGAACCGACGGAACCGACGGCUCGACCACCGACGACGACCACGCCGGCAGCUCCUCCGUGCUGCUCUGCUCAGCCAGGCGGACGCCCGCCGGCCUUCGUUGCAUCCGCGAGAGAGCGCGAUCCACGCCGCCGCCGCGUCCCCAGUCAUGUAUCCGACUCGCCGGGCCUUGUAGUUCUGGCUCUGUUGCCAGACGACCCUCGAUUCGAGUCUCCCCGACACACACGACUGUACAUUGACGCGUCCCAACGUCCCUCCGAGGACCCCUACCGCUGUCCGGAGGCACCUCGCCUUUGGGCGGCGCGCUCCGCAACCGCAACCGCUACCCGCCAGCCAGCCCCGUCGUGGUGUUGACGCCGUGGCCGCCGGUGCCGCACCGUGAACGCAAUGGACCAACAACCGUCGCCGUCCCUGGCACCGCCCGCCGUGUCAUCGCUCCGGGCACAGCAGGCCACCCCGAUGGAGCGCACCAUAAGCCAGGACAUCCGCGAGGAGCGUGAGGAGCUCCGAGAGGCUGCCGAGCAGACCCUCAACGCCAUUGUCGAUCUAAACCUCGACGGCACCAUCAAAUGGGUCAGUCCGUCGUGGACCGACGUUGUUGGCACGCCAUUUGACACAGUCAACGACAUCCCCUUCUCCGAUCUGAUUGUCAGCGAGAACAAGACUGCUUUUUCGGAUGUCGUGGACUCAAUGAAGCGAGAUGACUCCAAGAGUUACCGAAUUAGCUUUGCCAUCCAACUGGGGCCCCUGUCCAAACUUCAAUCGCCCGAUGCCACCAACAAACCCGAGCAAGGGCCCGAGCCCAAGCAGCAGACCGCAGACCUCGAAGCCCAGGGCAUCAUGGUUUAUGACAGCGUGUCUGGCGGCGAGAGUCACACAAUGUGGAUGCUUCGACCAUGGUCCGGUCCUCACGAAAUCAAAAUCGACCUCCCUGAUGUCAUUGUCGACUCUCUCGGAUCCGGAGCAGAGGUCCUCGCCAGCUACCUCACGCGACUUGCCGAAGUCGUUGGCGACGACGCCGAAGCGAGCGAACCACCAGCACCCGUUCUUUGCCGUAUAUGCGAGCGCCAAAUACCCCCAUGGUGGUUCGAGAAGCAUACGGACCUGUGCCUCCAGGAGCAUCGCGCCGAGCUGGACGUUCAGUUGGCCCAGGAGAACCUCGCCGAGCAUCGUCACGCCAUCGUCAAGGUUCUCGAUGACCUCGAAGCACGCAAGAGCCGCUCCAUGUCCGGAGAGGCAACCAGCGGGCCCAUGGCAGAGUACAAGGGGAUAUCUAUUGGGCCGCCGCCGUCGACGCAAUCGUCACCGGGCACCUCCUUGGCUCGCUCUCGAGAUCGAACCAGUGGGUUCGGACACUCACGAGGCCGCUCAUUCGCGAUCCGACGGCCCCAGGCCAGGAUCGUCGAGUUGCUAAUGGAUCUCUGUGAUACAGCCAUCGAAAUCAGCAGCCCCGCGAUCAAGGAAAGCUCGCAGCAAGACAAUGGCGAGAUCAGGACUCAAUCACCGCAAUCCGAGUCGAGGAUCUCACAGGUGCUACAAUGGCAUUCGCCUAGCACAAAUACCCUCGAGCAGGAGCAAGGCCUCGCCCUGCUCUGCGCAGAUACCGAAAAGGUGGCUAGGGCCAAGGUCGACGCUGUCUUCCGCCACCGGAGGAUCAUUGAGUACGCGGAGCGCAUCCGUGUCGAAUUGGCAGUCAUGGUGCAAGACUGCGUCGACCGAGCGAUGCGGAAGGCAGCACGACUUGCUGCCGGCCGACUCAGUGAUUCCACCGAGGAGGAGGAAGACCAGGGCGACGAAGACUGCCAAUGUGAGGACACCGAGAGCACUCAAGGCGGGAUCAGGGACGACACGUUUGAGGAACAGCCAACGCAAGAGCCUCUGGCCCCUGUGCCGACGGAUGAGGAGCCUCGUGGCCGUGCCGGGGAUGAUCCCGCGAAGCCAUCUAUUAACAGCCCCUCAGCCCUCGCAACUGCCUUGCGCCAGAUAGAUCUUUCCGGAGGUUCCAGCAGGUCUAGAUCUCGACCAACCUCGUUCAUUGCCUCUACAAGGUCAAGCAGCCCCAAGGAGUGUCCCACCCCACGCUCCCAUGCUGAAGGUACAUUGGGGAGUAAUCUCCACUCUCGAGAUGUGCGGCGGAAUUCCUCUCUGUUCCAGGAGCCUGAAAUAGGGGACAAUGAGGGCAGCCUGAGGUCGUCCUCGGUUGCGUCGCGCCAUGCGCCGCGAACAGAAUCACCCAUUUCGGAAUUUGGAGACCUCAGGCGGGCUGCAAGCGCGAGGCAACACCACCGUCGGAGCCUCGUGAUCCCCGGAGCAACCUCGCCGCGCCGCCAAGAAUCGCCAUCGCGCCACACACAACCUUCGUCACCGCUGCGAAUCAAGCCUAGAGUCCUCCCGUUCACGCACGAGGGCAUGACGUCCCCCGAGGCGUCGCCCAUGUUUCCAAGCAGCGAGUUUAGCUCGCCGGUCUCGCAUCCAACGCGACACCACAGAAGGCAGAGCUCAGCGGCGAUAUCCGACUUCGUCAUGAGAGCACCGCCGUCUCCGAGACUGGGUGCGGCUCAGCUUCCUCCGCAGCAGCCACGACCUGCGCAGCCGUCCAUCAAAGACUUUGAGAUCAUCAAGCCGAUCAGCAAGGGCGCGUUCGGUAGCGUGUACCUUUCGAAGAAGAAAUCGACUGGCGAAUACUUUGCCAUUAAGGUCUUGAAGAAGGCUGACAUGGUGGCCAAGAACCAAGUCGGCAACGUCAAAGCAGAGCGCGCAAUCAUGAUGUGGCAGGGUCAGAGCGACUUUGUGGCCAAGCUCUACUGGACUUUUUCAAGCAAGGAUUAUCUCUAUCUCGUCAUGGAGUACCUCAAUGGCGGAGACUGUGCUUCGCUCAUCAAAGUACUCGGCGGCCUGCCUGAGGACUGGGUGAAGAAGUAUCUCGGCGAAGUUGUCUUGGGCGUCGAGCACCUUCACGAGCGGGAUAUCAUCCACCGUGAUCUUAAGCCCGACAACUUGCUCAUCGACCAAAAAGGCCACCUCAAAUUGACAGACUUCGGUCUCUCUCGCAUGGGGCUAGUAGGGCGCCAGAAACGUGCCCUUAACAGCGAUGCAGCGGAAACGACUCCAGACCUUCUCAAGCAGGGGCCCUUUGCUCGGUCAACCUCGAUGGCCUCGUCGAGGUCGACGUCUCUCGACCUUCACGGCCAUCUUCAGUCCCCGAGCAUGACUCCACAGAUGACACCCGACGUGGGCGCUGCUGGCCAGCCAUCUUACUUCAGCCUGUCUUCGCUGCAGCAAGAGCCGCGUCGAGUAUCAAGCAGCCAUCGCAGCGACAGUGGUGGAAGCGAGGUCAUGACACACAUGCUCUCGUCGUUCUCCCUGAACGACUCUGACCUUGGCACCCAGCCAUCUAGCGCCAGGACGGGCGUGGACGAGGAUGCGAUGACGCAUGGCUCUCCGGACCUGGCGGCCAGCCACCACAGUACCAGGAUGAGCAUCGACAGCCACGCUCGCAAUUCGCUGCCCGCAUCCAACAUGAUGCCCCCUGCGAUGGCGCUGUUUGAUCCUCAAGACACGACUCGUCGCUUCGUGGGCACUCCUGACUACCUUGCCCCGGAAACCAUCAAGGGCGACAAGCAAGAUGAGACGAGCGAUUGGUGGUCGGUGGGAUGCAUCAUGUUUGAGUUUCUUUACGGCAUUCCCCCGUUUCACGCCUCCGAGGCGGAGCAGGUGUUUGAAAACAUACUGGCACGGAAGAUUCAGUGGCCGGACCCAGACGCAUGCGAGCCGAUAUCUGACGAAGCCAAGGAUCUCAUCAACAAGCUUCUCUGCAUGGACCCGACGCAGCGACUCGGCGCCAACAGAGAAGAAAAGUAUGCCUCGGGUGGGGAGGAAAUUCGCGACCACUCUUGGUUCCAAGGCAUCAGCUGGGACACGCUGGUUGAAGACGAUGCGCAGUUCGUACCGCAGCCGGAGAACCCAGAGGACACCGAGUACUUUGACGCACGAGGCGCCGUGCUGCAAUCUUUCGCUGAGGAAAUGGAAGAUCAGCUGUCUCCGCAGUCUUCUGGUACCCCUGCGUCUGAGUAUCCGGAUAGGCCUCAUGAUGCCCUCUCACGAGUGCGGUCCCAAGUCAAUUCGGCUGGACGCAAGUUGAUGCCGCUCCAUAUUCCGCCUCAUGUGCGAGAUUUGAAGCCGAGACGGCUCAGUGAGCCCGUGGCCACAGACGACUUUGGCUCGUUCAACUUCAAGAACCUGCCCGUCUUGGAAAAGGCCAACAAGGACGUCAUCCAAAAGCUGAGGGCAGACGCGCUGGCCUCACAGAACAAACCUCCGUCCGUUAGCCCCGGGGCGGGCACCAACAUCACGUCGCCGUCCCCGUCCCUCGAUGCUAGCCCAGUACUCUCUAGCCAUCUGCACAGAACAAUCUCCAAUGCCAAGGCAGGCAACCGGCCACAGUCUCCGUCCGGCUUCAGCCACUCUAACUCGUCGCCGAGCAGAGCGUCACAGCCAUCUUCGCCCUUGUUGGUUUCGUUUGUCGCUGGGCAGGGAGCCGAAGGACGCAGGAAGGCCUCUAGUAACUCCUCCAGCUUGUCCCACCAGUCCAGUUCCUUACAGCCCCCGGCCUCUUUCGAUAUCCCCAAGGUCCCCCCAAGCCUGCAGAAGGCGGCGACGACUGUCGCUGCCUCGCCGGUCAAGGGGCGCGGCCAGACGCCCGCACCCCUGGCCCUGUCGCCUCAGAAGAUGGUCGCUACGCCACGACACGGGAGUGGCUCGUCGGCAAGCCGCUCGAGGUCGUUGACUGUCGGCUCGCAAGAAGCCAGCCCUAUAGCGUCCGACGUUUUGCAGCACCACCGCAACCGCAGGAGCCAAGUUUUCGACAUGUCACCGUCGUCUUCUGACAAUGAGGGAGACAAGCACAACGCUCUGCUGCGUGUCCAGCGUCGCAGGCAGAGCUCGAGACGACUGUCACAGAUCGCAUUGGACGACGGGCCAACAUUCCGAGCCCUGGACGUCCUCAUUUGCGAAGAUCAUCCUGUGUCCAGGAUGGUCAUGGAGAAGCUGCUGGAGAAGCUCCGAUGCCGCACGAUCUCGGUUGCGAAUGGCUCCGAGGCAGUGCGGUAUUCUCUGAGCGAGAUUCAGUUCGACGUCAUCUUCUUGGAGUAUAAGCUGCCUCAGAUCAAUGGCACCGACGUGGCGCGCAUGAUUCGCGAGACCAAGAACACAAACUCGCACACACCGAUCGUGGCCAUCACAGCAUAUCUGAAGGAGCUUCAGGCACCUCACUACUUCGACUCCCUGAUCGAGAAGCCCAUCAGCUCGUCCAAGCUGACAGAGGUGCUCCGUGCCCUCUGCCAAUGGAGACCGGUCUCGCCGCAGCGGGCUACGUCGGGCCCCAUGCCGAACCCCAUUCCAAUUGGGCUGAAGAAGCUUCACGGGCGGGCCGACGAGAGCCCGACGUCGAGCAUCUCGGCGUUUGCCGGCCGCCAAGGCUCUGCGAUGACUUCCAGCCGGGAGGACUCGAUCACCUCUAGCCUCUUUGGAGACUCGGAAUCCGUCACCACAGACGACAUCCCUGUGGUGAUCAGCCGCAAGGGGACAAAUGAGUGGGACGAGGGCGGUCUAGGCAUCAACGAAGCGGACAUUCUGGCUGGUAUGGAGCCUCUGUCGAAGGGUGUCCCUUCGCUUCUGGCACAACACUCUGCACCAGGUCAAAUGGAGCAUCUCCUGCGCGCGCACGACAAGAUGAGACCCAAGCGGGAGAGCCUCGAGAGGGCAGCAACCGAGGGAACGGAGUCGGCGGACGACGAGGACGAGGAUGCUGGGGCAGCGCGGGAUAAGCACGGACGCCGGAGUAGCAAGCCGAGUCAGGGCAAGGCCGCGCUACCGAGCUCCAAGCUCGCCAUCGAGAUGAUGCGCGCGGACAGCCACGACAGCGUGACCUUUGGGUCUGAAAGCACCCCGGAGGCGGUGACGCAGGUGGCGACGACGCCGGCGCAGGAAAUGGACGCGCCGCUACUGGAGCCACGAGACGACCAAGUGGCUCGCACCCCCCCGGACGCGAAGCUGGAGCCUGGCGAAGGGUCGAAGCCAGGAGACGCAGAGUCGCCGCCAGGUAGCGUGGAAGCAACGCCGCGGCCCACUCCUCUGAACAGGCCUCCGAGCUCGACUGAGGACGAACCGACGCCGAGACCGGUUGGCAAACAAAGCGGAUAGUAGCGGAAAAGCUAUGGCCUUUGCCGGAGGAGAACCACGGACACUCAUUCACUCAUUUUCCCCCACAUUUCACUUUAGCCACGUCAGUUGCUGAUUUCGGGCACUCUAUUCUGUUUGAUUUGUUUUUCUUUUACCCUGUAUGAAAGGAACGACUGCAGCGAGGCGUUACAAUGGAACACAGACUAGCACAGUCCUUUGAAACGGAGCUUGGGGGCAACGAAGAGAUCUGAAUUGGGCCAAAAAAAAAGGAUGCGAGCCCGGGUCAUGGGCAGUUGCUGUUGUUGUUGCUGCCGUUUGAGAGGCGUCUGGGCAAGAGAAGGGGCGAGGGCUCAAGACGAGGCAGGGACCAAGGCAUCGUCCAACGCGGGGUGUAUGUACUUGUGUGUGUGUACGAAAUGCAUACCUAUUUUACCCACUUGAAGCGUC